AGAGUGGAAAACUGACAUUGCACUUUCCGAAAAAUUUCGGCAUUUACGCUCUGUUCAGACAGUUUGUUUCAGAAGUUUUCCAUUCAUUUCAGUCUUUUAAAGUCAUAUUAAUUAUGGAGUGUGUUUUGGGUAUUGCUUGCAAUGAUUUUGUCAUUUUGGCAUCAGAUAUGACUAAUGCUCACAGCAUUCUUGUCAAUAAACAAGAUGAGGACAAAAUGUUCAAGCUGUCCGAUAGACUGCUGAUGGCAGUAACUGGAGAAUCUGGUGAUACUACUCAGUUUGCUGAAUACAUUGAAAAAAACAUCCAGCUUUACAAAAUGAGAAACGGUUAUGAGUUGUCACCUCCUGCAGCAGCUAACUUUACACGUCGUAACUUGGCUGAUUCUCUUCGUAGCAGGUCACCCUAUAUGGUCAACUUCCUUCUAGCUGGAUACAGUGAGAGGACUGGCCCAGAGCUUUACUGGAUGGAUUAUCUGGCAUCUAUGAUCAAAACUCCCUUUGCUACUCAUGGAUAUGGAGGCAUGUUCAGCAUCGGCAUUAUGGAUCGCUAUUACCGUCCAGAUCUGACAGAACAGGAAGCAUAUGAUAUCAUGAAGAAGUGUGUCGCGGAAAUCCAAAAGCGUCUUAUUAUCAACCUUCCUAAUUUUCAAGUUAAAGUAUUGGACAAAAAUGGAAUUCAUGCUUUGGAUGUCAUAAGAUCCCAGAACUUAUCUGCCUAGGCGAUUAAUAUGGGUUAACAAUAAACGUCUUGCACUUGUUUAA